AUGGCUUCUCUUGCUCCUGGAAACUGCUGCGCCAAAGGCUUUAAACACACUGGUGAAGCUGUUGGAAAGUUCAUCACUCUUGAUGGCAUUGAGUACUAUGUUACUGGUGACGAAUCUCUUGCUUCUACCAAGUUCCACUUGAUGUUAAGUGAUAUUAUUGGUCAUCGUCUUAUUAAUGCUCAACUUCUUGCUGACGAGUAUGCUAAAACUGGCUACUUUGUUGUCAUCCCAGACUUGUUUUCUGGUGACCCUGCUUUGCUCAACCCCCCAGAGGGUUACGAUGUUUUUCGCGAUUGGGCCCCUAAACAUGUUCCUGAAAUUACCCAGCCAAUUGUUGAUCAAGUUGUGAAAACAAUUCAAAGCAAAUGGAACCCCACUUUUGUUGUGGCUACUGGGUUUUGUUUUGGUGCCAAGUAUGCUGUGAGACUCUUGGCGACAGACUUUGUAAAAGUUUCGGCUAUCUUUCAUCCAUCUUUUGUUACCAUUGAUGAAAUCAGAGCCAUCAAAGGUGCUUUAUAUAUUGGUGCUAGUGAAGACGACUACAUGCUUACGGCACCUCUUCGUCGUCAGACCGAAGACGUUCUUUUAGAAAUCAAAGCCAAGUACAGACUUACUCUUAACUUUGGUGUUGAGCAUGGUUUUGCUAUUCGUGGUGACAUUUCCCAACCUUGGAUUAAGUAUGCAAAGGAGCGUGUUUUUGGAGAUGCUGUUGAUUGGUUCAAUGCUGUUUAUGAAAUUGAGUACAAGAAGUAA